AUGACCGAGCAGAGCAACGGCAGCGCCGCUGUGGAGGGCGUCGUGGACCUAGAUGAACCCAAAAAGAUGACACGAGAGGACUGGAGGAAGAAAAAAGAACUCGAGGAGCAGAGAAAGCUGGGAAAUGCUCCAGCUGAGGUAGACGAGGAGGGCAAAGACAUAAACCCUCACAUCCCUCAGUACAUUUCCUCCGUGCCAUGGUAUAUCGACCCAUCCAAAAGGCCAACACUCAAACAUCAGAGACCACAGACUGAACUUCAGCAAAGUUAUUCUGCAAUUGGAGAAUGGUAUAAGAGAGGAGUACAAGAGAACAUUGUUACUACUAAAUUCCGCAAAGGUGCUUGUGAAAACUGUGGGGCAAUGACUCACAAAAAGAAAGACUGCUUAGAGCGACCCAGAAAAGUCGGCGCAAAAUUCACAGGCACAGGCAUUGCUCCGGAUGAACAUUCUCAAGUGCAACUCAGACUGGAUUAUGACGGAAAGAGAGAUCGCUGGAAUGGCUAUGACCCUGAGGAACACCAGCGCAUAGUGGAGGAGUACGCCAAAGUUGAUCUGGCCAAAAGGACGUUAAAGGCUCACAAACUUCAGGAUGAGUUGGCUUCAGGAAAGCUGGACCAGUCGGAGCGUGAACAUGACAGCGAGGAUGAGGAUGAAGAUAAAUAUGCAGAUGAUAUUGACAUGCCCGGUCAGAACUUUGACUCCAAGAGACGAAUUACCGUCAGAAAUUUGCGUAUCAGAGAAGACACAGCUAAGUAUUUGAGGAACCUAGAUCCAAACUCUGCCUACUACGAUCCAAAAACACGAGCAAUGAGAGAGAACCCAUACUCCAGCACUGGCAUGAACCCGGAUGAAGUUGGAUAUGCUGGAGACAACUUUGCCCGCUAUAGUGGUGACACCAUUACCAUGGCUCAGACACAAAUGUUCGCUUGGGAAGCCUACGAGAGGGGCUCAGAGGUGCAUCUGCAGGCUGACCCCACAAAGCUGGAGUUGCUUCAUCGUUCUUUCAAGGUCAAGAAGGAAGAUUUCAAAGAGCAACAGAGGGAGAGCAUCUUGGAGAAGUAUGGAGGCCAGGAGCAUCUGGACGCACCCCCACGGGAGCUGCUGUUGGCUCAGACGGAAGACUACCUAGAGUACUCUCGUCAUGGCGCGGUUUUGAAAGGUCUCGAGAAAGCUGUCGCUCGCUCCAAAUAUGAAGAGGAUGUACUCAUCAACAACCACACAUGCAUUUGGGGUUCCUACUGGAAGGACGGAUUCUGGGGAUACAAGUGUUGCCACUCCAUGGUCAAACAAAGCUACUGCACGGGGGCAACCGGCAUUGGAAUUAGCAACUCUGAGUGCGUUCCAUUCGAAGAGGGUGUGGACCAGCUGCAAGAGGAUGAGGAGCAGCCCAAGACUCUGCUGGAGAUUCAUCGAGAAAAGAUAAAAGAGAAAAAGAGGAAAAAGAGGAGAAAUAGGAAGAACAAGAAGCACGUCAGCAGUGACAGUGGUGAUUCAGAAGAUGAGGAGAAAAAGAAAGAGAAGCUAAAGAAGGCUCUGGAAGCAGAAGACAAGCGUGUGAAGAAUGUGGAAGCAAUGAUGCAGCUGGAUGAGAGGAAGAGGCCAUACCACAGCCUGCAGGAAGUGAAGGCCCCUACUGAGGAGGAGAUAGAAGCCUUCCGCAUGAAACGCUGCCGGCCCGAUGAUCCCAUGGCUUCCUUUCUUGGACAGUGA